GUUGUUUCCAGAAAUAAUGGCAAAGAGUUUGCGGUCGAAGUUCAAGCGAAAAAUGCGAACGAUAGCACGAGUGAAAAAAGCACCCAAGGAGCAGAAGCUACUUGAAGCUGCUGUGGCCAGGAGGGAAGAGUACGAGCGAGCACAAGCUGAAAAAGAAGCUGAAGCUGUGAAGAAUGCGCCAGGGACCGAGAAAUUGGAGACGAUGGACGACACAGGACCAGAAUCCACGAAAACAGCAACAAUCAAUGUGAAGACUAUGAAGAGAGCGGACGGUUCGUAUCCUCCUUGGAUGAGUGGAGCGCUGAAGAACAAACUCAGCAAGAAGAAUAAAGCUGCCAAGAAACGGAAGCAAAUGAAAGCAAAGGGAAGGAGAUGACUGAUAUACUCUACUCCACUUUCCUUUGUUGAUAUUGCUAACAUGAAUUAUCCAUGUGUAUUAUUCCUUGUUGAUUUGUCUGUUUUCAAUUUUAAUAAAGCUUGAGAACCACUAUUCGUUGUGCGCC